AUGUCGGCCGCAACGGAAAAGAAACCUCAUAUCGCGGAGGAUGCGAACAUUCUCGAAGGAGCUCACACCUUCUACCCCAUCGGGCCCAAGCUCAUCCUCGUCACGAUCAGCUUGAUGUUGGCGGUUUUUUGUGUCGCCCUGGACAACACGAUUAUGGCCGUGGCUAUUCCACGAAUCACAGAUAACUUUCACGCGCUGAAUGAUGUUGGCUGGUAUGCGUCAUCCUACCUACUGACAACCUGCUCAUUUCAGCUACUACAUGGAAAGUUCUAUACACUGUUCCAGGUUAAAUGGGUCUACUUGUCAGCACUGUUCCUUUUCGAACUGGGAUCCUUGAUUUGUGGUGUUGCGCCUAACUCUACCACGUUGAUUGUUGGCCGAGCCGUCGCUGGUCUGGGGAGUGCUGGCAUGUUCACUGGUGCGCUGGUGACUCUAGCACAUACAGUCGAGAUGGAAAAACGCCCUAUAUUUUUCAGCAUGCUUGGUGGCAUGUAUGGCAUCGCCUCGGUGGCCGGGCCAUUGUUGGGUGGCGCGUUUCCCGAUCAUGCUACUUGGCGGUGGUGCUUUUAUAUCAAUCUUCCUCUUGGGGGCAUCAUUGCUAUUGGACUCCUGACUCUACUGAAGUUACCUCCCAAGGAAAAGGCCCAGAAGACGCUUAUGGAUAUAUUUUUGGAGUUGGAUCCAAUUGGAACACUUAUCUUCGUUCCUGCUAUCGUCUGCUUGCUUCUUGCUCUUCAGUGGGGAGGAGUGACAUACGACUGGUCAAACGGCCGCAUUAUCGCUUUAUUCGUGAUUUUUGGAGUUGCCAUUGUCGCUUUCAUUGCCCUGCAGAUUGUACUCGGGGAUAAAGCGACCGUACCGACAGAGAUUGCCCGUCAGCGAACGAUCUCAUUUGCCUCUUUCUUUGGCCUGUGCAUUGGCGGGUCGUUUUUCAUAAUGAUCUACUAUAUCCCUAUCUGGUUCCAAGCAAUCCGCGACGUUAGUGCAGUACGCUCUGGUAUUGACUCGCUUCCGAUGAUCCUGUCUAAUGUUGCCGGUAUCAUAUUGUCUGGUGCCUUGACAACUCGAUUCGGAUAUAACGCACCCUUCUUCAUCGCCGGCAGUAUUUUCAUGUCUAUUGGAGCUGGUCUGAUCACCACAUUUACAGUCGGUGUCUCCCAGGGGAAAUGGGUCGGGUUCCUCUUCGUUUACGGCCUUGGAGUGGGCCUUGGCUUCCAGCAGGGCGGCGUUGCCGCCCAAGCCGUGCUCCCCUUGUCGAAAGUCUCGAUCGGGACUGCAACCGUCAUGUUCGUUCAGAUGCUCGGCGGAUCUUUGUUUGUCUCUGUCGCGCAGAACAUCUUUACAAAGGAGUUGAUCAAGAAUCUCGAGGCCUUGAAUAUUCCCAACUUUUCUCCUUCUGAUGUGGUGAACAGGGGAGCAACAAGUGUUCGCUCCAUUGUCAGCGAGUCCGUUCUGCCAGAUUUUCUGGUGGCAUAUAAUGAUGCGCUGGUCAAAGUCUUUCAACUUGCUCUUAUCAUGGGGUGCUUGAGUAUUAUCGGUGCGCUGGGCAUUGAAAGGAAAAACAUGAAGACACAAAAAGUAGAUGAGACGACGAGUUGA